AUGGCUAAAACCCUCUUUACACAUGUACAUGAUAUUUUGAGCAACACACCUACCUUUCAGUCAGUAUGGGACCAUACUCCGCCAUCUUUUGGAAAGGAGGGAGCAUUGUUUCCAAAUGAGGAAGCGUACACAUUCCAUGUUUUCUGCAAGGUCUGCUAUACAGUGAAAGGGCGGAAGCAGGGUUGUGCGAGAAAAACGGUGGUCAACAUAGCCAGAAGGAAGAGGGUUUUAGCAGCUCUUGGGACAGAGUACUUUGAGGAUGUACUUCCUAAUAUUAUUCGUCAUUGUUCUCAUAAAAAAGCAUUGGUCCGCAAUGGAUACCUUACACCUUUGAUGUUCUUACCAAGAUCCUUGGGUGCUCAGUUCCAAUACUUGCAGCUUGCGUUACCUGUCAUUCUGGAUGGUCUUGCCAAUGAGAACGAAUCUGUUUGCAAUGCAGCCCUGGAUGCUGGUCAUGUUGCUGGUACGGCAGGUAAAGCUCUGCUGGAGGGUGAAAGUGAUGAUGAAGGUGCCAAGUACUGA